AUGUCGGAGCAAUUCUCCUACUCCCGAUUAUGGGAGAGCAUUCCUAAUGCACUGCCAUGGCAGAGCAAAGAUGGUCUGAAAGGCGAUCCUCGAAAGACCGUCAAAUGGAUUGAUGGCCUCCGUGGUUUUGCUUCGGUUCUGGUUGUAGCUACCCAUCUUGCCCGUGCAUGGGAUUACGAUUUAUUCGCUCCUCGAAGCAACCCAGAUGUCCCACCCCGAUUACUGCAACAAAUCGUUCUGCGAAUCCCCUGGCAAGGCCGUAUCGGUGUCACCAUCUUUGCUUUUCUGACUGGAUAUGUCUGCGCCCUCAAGCCCAUGAAACAAGCCCGCGCGGGCGAUGCCAACGGCGCCUUUCUGACUGUCGCCAAAUCCGCUUUCCGCCGUCCGCCUCGUCUCGUUUUCCCGGCUACGAUUGCGAUGUGCAUUUCAUGGACGCUUGCUCAGUUUGGUGCAUACACGGUUGGAAACAGAUGUGACUCGUCGUGGACUCGAGAUGCCUCGCCAGACCUUGCUGAUACCUUGUGGGAGGAGAUCACACGGUUGUUCCGGAACUUUCUGGUUGCCUGGACCAACACCGAUUAUAACGUGCAUAUGGUCUACGACGAACAUCAGUGGGCCCUGCUACCGCUGUUGAAGUGCUCCAUGCUCAUCUACAUUGUUUCAUUUGCCACGAUUCUAUGCAAAUAUCGCUGGCGUCUGCUCAUCUGUGUGUUGCUCGUUGCCUACUUCCACCAAGACGGCAAACUCGACCGCGAAACCUUCCAGAUUCAAGCUUUGUACGGCAUGAUCCUCAGCGACCUGUCUUAUGAACAAAGAUACAAGAGUUUGUUGCAAAGUGAGACUUACCGUUGGCCCCGCCGCCUGGUCGCCUUUGCAUUAUUUGCGGGCGGUCUAAUUGUCUGCUCCUAUCCCGGUGAACAUCCCGAAUGGGCCGGCUGGUCUAACCGUAUGUUUGAAUGGGCUACAUACCUUUUCCCUCUUGGCAGCAACUACGGUAAACGCUGGACCGCCGUCGGCAUAGACAUGAUCAUCAUGUCAAUCUUCCUGACCAACUGGUCCAAGGAGUUUUUGUCUAGCCCCGUUCUUCUCUGGUUCGGCAAGCAAAGUUUCGCUGUCUACCUCAUUCACGGCACUCUGCUGCGUACCGUCUUGGUCUGGAUGAUCUACGGUAUCAGCGGCGAACCCUGGGUUUGGACUCAAGACCCCGAAGGAAACCCCGUUCCUCCGCCUUGGCUGCCUCGUCGCGCACCUUGGGUGUUUGCCGUUAGCAUUCCAUGCUGGCUCGUACUAUUGUAUUCCUGUGCCGUAGCGUGGACUACUUAUGUCGACCCAUUCUGUGCUCGUCUCACGCAACGUAUUGAAAAGGCUUUUUUCGAUAACGCAGAUGAGAAGGGGCCUGAGUUGAUUCCCAUGGCCACCCGCCCGAUGCCGACCGCUUAG